AUGGUCCAAACUCGUCCAAGUCAUUCGGGCCUUUGGACUUGGAACCGUGCAAGUCCUCUCAUCCGUUUGACAGGAUCACGGAACGAACGGGGCUGGCCGCGAAUAUGUACCCGAUUGAAGUUUCACAUGUCCAUAACACAAGCUGUGAUGGGACCCAAGGUUUAG